AUGUGGAGUACGAUCAGCGAUUGCGAUGAAGUUUAUAAUUAUUGGGAACCGCUGCAUCUGUUUCUCUACGGCACUGGCUUCCAGACCUGGGAAUAUUCACCCAUCUAUGCCAUACGGUACAUUUUAGUGGAUUUUUGUUGA